CUCGUCUCCUUAUCUCUCAUAGUGCAAACUUGUCUGUCUUGUGCAGGGGCAUGGACGACAUCGAGCUGGAGGAGGGGAGGACGGCGCCGACGACGGCGACCUCCAACGGACACAGCAACGGCGGCUACCGCGCCAGCACCCUGGGCAGGAUACGGGACGAGCUGAGCACCGCCCUCCGCGUCGAGGCCACCACCGAGCUGAGCGCCGGCGCCAACGGCUGCACCCCCAACGGCGGGUCCAACGGCACGUCCAACGGCCCGAGCAUCCCGCCCAUCUGCGGCACGCGCGGGGCCGCCAUCGUCAUCAAGGACGCCAAGAAGAGCUACCCGCUGCAGAGCGGGAUCGUCCUGGAUGGGUUCAACAUGACGGUGCCGGAGGGGACGAUAUACAGCCUGCUGGGCGCGAGCGGGUGCGGCAAGACGACGGUGCUGAGCUGCGUGGUGGGCCGCCGCCGCCUCAACGCGGGCACCGUGCGAGUCCUGGGGCUGCCGCCCGGGACGCCGCGCUCGGGCAUGCCAGGCCCCACCAUCGGCUACAUGCCGCAGGAGCUCUCCCUGUACGGCGGCUUCACCGUGGCCGAGACCCUCAAGUACUUCGGCUGGGUGGCGGGGCUGCCCAGCGACGUGGUCCGGGAGCGCACCACCAAGCUCCUAAGCUUCCUGGAGAUACCCACCGAGGACAGGCUGGUGCGGGACUUGAGCGGCGGGCAGCAGAGGAGGGUCUCGCUCGCAGUCACCCUGCUGCACAGGCCCCCCGUCGUCAUCCUGGACGAGCCCACCGUCGGCGUGGACCCCGUGCUCCGCCAAAACAUCUGGGACCUGCUCUUGCGGAUGACCAGGGAAGGCAACACCACCGUGGUCAUCACCACGCACUACAUCGAGGAGGCGCGGCAGGCUGAUACGAUUGGCCUGAUGCGUCAGGGGAUUCUGCUCGCCGAAGACCGGCCGGACCGGCUCCUGGCGCGAUACGCCUGCCAGACCAUGGAGGAGGUGUUCCUCAAGCUCAGCCUGCGUCAGCAGCGCGCCCUCGUGCAGGCGCAGGCGGCCGCCCCGGUCACCGUCGGCGCGUUGCCUGUCCCGGACAGCCCGGAUGCGGCGCGGGAGGACGCGCCGGAACCUGUCGUGGACAGCAAGGACGUCCUGACCGUCGUGGACGACCCCAGCCUAUUGCAGUGCAAACCCGUCUACCUCCAGAACCAAAACAACACCUGGGCGUGUCUAUGGAAGAACUUCACCUACAUGAAGAGGAACCCGGUGCCCGUGAUCUUCGUCAUCAUCCUGCCCAUCAUCCAGUGCGGGCUGUUCGGCAUGACGGUGGGCCGCGACCCCGACGACCUCCGCCUGGCCGUGGUCAACGACGACGUCCAGUGCUUCCCGGCCAUGGGUGGAGCCGUCGAGGGCUCCGUCGGCUUCCCGGGCUACCCGGCCAACUGCACCACCAAGACGCUGCGCCACCUCAGCUGCCGCAUGCUGGACCUCAUCGACGACGACCGGAUUUCAAUCGAGCAGUUCUCCAGCGUCCCGCUGGCGUUAGAGGCGGUGCGCGCGGGCAAGGCGUGGGGUGCGCUCCACUUCCCGGCCAACUACUCCCGCUUCCUGGCCGCCCGGCACGUCUGGGGCCGCUACGCCUCGGACAAGGCCCUGAACCACAGCGAGAUCAGCGUUUGGAUGGACAUGUCGAAUCAGUACAUCGGGCACAUGCUGCAAGCCUCGCUGUCGCUGUCCGUGCUGCGCUUCACGCGCGACAUCCAGGAGGGCUGCCACUGGAACACGCGGGCGACGCCCAUCCCCGUGUCCAUCAUGGAGCCCGUGUACGGGCAACUGGAGCCGAGCUUCCAGGACUUCUGCCUACCGGGCAUGAUUGUGACUACGGUGUUCUUCAUGGCGCUGUUGGUCACGGUGGGCUCCAUCCUGGAGGAGAAGAGGGACGGCCUCAUGGCUCGCAGCCUCUCCGCGGGCGUCACGGUGCACGAGGUCCUGGCGUCUCACGUCAUCGUCCAGAUGAUCCUCAUGGUCAUCUCCAUGAUCAUCGUGCUAGUCAUGCUGCUGUGCGUCUUCCAGCUCACCAACCAGGGCCCCCUCUUCUGGGUCAUCGCGCUCUGCUUCCUCCAGGGCUUGUGCGGCAUGAGCCUAGGUUUCUUUAUCUCGUGUCUCUGCGAUUCUGACAUGGCCGCCACAUACAUGGGCGUCGGUGCCUUCUUCCCGCUCAUCUUCCUCAGCGGCAUGCUGUGGCCCGUGGAGGGCAUGCACGUCCUGCUCCGCUCGGUGGGCUGGGCGUUGCCGCUCACGCUCGCCACCUCCUCGCUGAGGAGCAUCAUGGGCCGGGGGUGGAGCAUCGCACAGCCCGCCGUGUACCUUGGCUUUGUCUCCACCGCCGUCUGGAUAGGCAUCUUCAUGUGUAUCACGCUCAUCACCAUCCGGGUACAGAAGAGGAUCUCGUGAUUGAGGCAAAAGUAUUAGGGUUGGGUGGUGUCGUCCCUCAAAACUCCCCGUGGACCGGUAGGGGCAGUCCAAUGGACAAAGAUACUCCCAAUUACUCUUUGAAGGCACACUUCAAAAACAACCCGAACAUGAGAUGAGCAUAGAGAUAAUUAAAUUGAUAGUGAAUUACGACAGGCUUUGACUCUUUUUGCCAUCUUUGGAGCAACCUGUAAAAUUAAUCACUAAUAGAUACUACAUGAAAGAAACUGUGAUUUUUUUCUUUCAAUACAUAUCUUUUUUUAAUUCUAGUCCUCUUAUUUUGUGAUUAGUUGUAGAUGUUUUAUUUGCUCAUUAAUUGUAAGUUAGCUAUCAUUCUGAUUAUCAAACUAAGAGAUAAAGUAUGACAAGAAGUCACUGUAAAUACUUCCAGCAACCAAACAAGAACAAGAAUUUCAUAUUUUGCUUGUUGUUACAAUAAAGUUUGUGUACAACUUAA